AUGCAGGCCAUGACCAGCCUCUGCUCGACCUUCUCGGGCAUGACCCUCAAGGCCGCGCAGCCGCGGGCUGCGCCGGUCGAGCGCGCGUCCCUGCAGGUCGUCGCCUCGAAGCGGUGCGACCUCACGGGCGCGAAGCGGAACAAGGCGAACAACGUGACGUUCUCGGGCAAGCGCAACAGGAAGUGGCAGGAGGCCAACCUGCAGCACCGGCGGGUGUACUGGCCCGAGGGGCAGCGGUGGGUCAAGCUCAAGGUCACCACGCGCGCCCUGCGCACGAUCGAGAAGAACGGGCUGGACGCGAUGGCGCGGGAGGCGGGCAUCGACCUGUGGAAGCUCCCCUUCACGGACGCGCGCCCCGAGCGGCUCGAGUACAAGGCCAAGACGGGCCCGGUGGUGCCCAUGGGGAAGAACCCGCGGAAGAUGAAGAACGAGGAGAAGCUCGCGGCGUCGAAGAAGGGCCCGCUGCAGGCCAAGUACGAGCUCGGCCGGAUCAUGUACUACCGGGACGCGUAG